AUGCGAGUUGUCAAGGCAGCAUCAUUCCAGAAGAUGCCAAGACUAUCAUAUCUUCUACUUCUUCUCGCUCUUGUGACCCUGGUGUGGACCCUAGAGGAUGCGCCUAGGGUAAAAACUCCUCUGGGAACCAUUAAGGGAUAUUACAAGAUAUCUGCCAAUGGAAGACAAUACGAAGCCUAUGAAGGAAUUCCAUAUGCCUUGCCUCCAGUUGGCAAACUUCGAUUCAAGCCUCCUCAAAAGCUACCACCAUGGACGGGUGAACUUCCUGCGACGAAGUUUGGUUCUCCCUGUUUGCAAUACGCUCAACUGCCUUUUGAUCCGGACGAUGAAGUCGAAGGUGCCGAAGACUGUCUUUAUUUGAAUAUUUACGCUCCCGCGGAUAGAAGAACAUUUUCUAAAUCAUUGCCAGUUAUCUUCUGGAUUCAUGGCGGUGGUUUUCAAUAUGGUAGCGGAAUGUUCAUGGGUGCUAAGUAUCUCAUGGAUCGUGACGUCAUAUUUGUUACAAUUAAUUAUCGUGUAGGAAUGUUAGGUUUCCUCAGCACUGAAGAUGAAAUAGUUCCUGGUAACAUGGGACUGAAAGAUCAAAGCAUGGCGCUACGAUGGAUUUCCGAAAAUAUCGAAUGGUUCGGUGGUGAUCCAAAGAAAGUGACUUUGGUUGGUUUGAGUGCUGGCGGUGUUAGUGUUCAUUAUCACUACUUAUCACCUAUGAGCGCUGGUCUUUUCCAAGGUGGUAUCUCGAUCAGCGGUACAGCUUUCGAUUGUUGGGGUCAAACAGAGAAUUCUUUAGAGAAAGCCAAAAAAUUGGGUGCUCUUAUGGGUUGUCCCACAGGCAAUACCAAAGAGAUGGUGCGCUGUCUCAGAUAUCGUCCAUCCAAAACUGUAGUUCAAGCUCUUGGUAAUUAUAUGCGGUUUUAUUACAAUCCAUUUACGCCAUUUGGUCCAGUUCCGGAGAAAUUCGGUGACGAACCGUUUAUUGAUCGUACUCCCAUUGAAAUCGUGAGUAGUGGUGAUGUUCAAGAUGUUCCAUGGAUAACUGGGGUUACCAGUGAAGAGGGAUUAUUUCCAGUUGCCCAAUUUAUCGCCAUACCAGAAGCUCUGAAAACGUUGGACGAAAAUUGGGAUCUUCUUGCACCUCAUUUCUUCGAUUAUAAUUACACAAUUCCUAGAGGAAAGCACGUUGAAGUUGCUAGACUCAUUCGAAAUCAUUAUUUUGGAUCAAAGAAAAUUGAUGACACAACAACACAAUCCUUAGUUCAAAUAGCUGGUGACAGAUUCUUUGUUGUUGAUAGUGAAAAAGCUGCCAGAAUGCAAGCUAAAGUUAAUAAACAACCUGUUUGGUAUUAUUACUAUAGCUACAGAGGUACACACAGUCUCAGUGACGCUCUGAGUGGAACUACUAAUAAUUAUGGUGUGAGCCAUGCAGAUGAUGCAUAUUUUGUCGUAGACACUAAAUACAUUGAUCCUACAACAACAUCAAGUGAUAUUAAAAUGCAAAAAAUUUUGAUCGAUCUCUGGGUAUCAUUUGCAACAAAUAGAGUGCCAAAUGUUGGUGGUUCUCAAUGGUCAAGACUAAAUCCAAAUGAAAAAUCACUUCAUUAUUUGCAUAUUGCUCGGCCAGAUAAAAUUCAGAUGGACAGUAGUACAAACUUUGGUCAGAAAGAUUUUUGGAAUUCUAUUAGCUUUAAUGAAAAUAGAUUAAAUACUGCAUCAGAUACAUUGAGAGAAGAAUUAUAA